AAAAAAAAAAACUUAAAAAAAAAAAAACAGAAAAAAUGGAAGCAAGAAUGACAAAAAGACUUCAAAAAGAUUUAGAAGCAAUCCAAAAAAAUUAUAAAGAUUAAUUCACAGUAAUUUUACCGACAAAUGAUUUGCGCCUAUGGUAUAUAGAAUUUACAGCACCAAAAGGUACUGUAUUUGCAGAUGAGAAAUUUAAACUUCAGUUUAAAUUUUCAAGUGAAUAUCCGAUAGAAUCACCAGAAGUAAUUUUUAUUGGAAAAGUACCAGAACACGAGCAUAUAUAUUCAAAUGGUUUUAUAUGUCUAUCGAUUCUAUAUGAUGAAUGGAGUCCAGCAUUAACAGUAGCUUCAGUUUGUCUUUCUAUUGUUUCUAUGAUAUCUUCAGCACCAAAAAAAGCAAGACCAUUUAACGAUGCUGAAUUUUGUAAAAGAUCUUAAGGAAGAGGUCCAAAAGCAUUUUUAUGGAGUUAUGAUGAUACUAAAUGUUGA